CAUUCCCACUUUUGAAAGAAAUUUCCUUCUUUGACAUUCCUUCAAGAGUCCCAUAGGUCCUCUCUUUGAAAAAAAAUACGAUACCAUGGGGUUCCGUUUGCCUAGUAUUAUUCAUGCUAAACCAAGUCUUCGACGAUCAACAACAUCAGGAAAUGGAGCAUCUCCAAAGUCUCUAGAUGUUCCAAAGGGAUACUUUACAGUCUAUGUUGGAGAAGGACAGAAGAAGCGUUUCGUCAUCCCUUUAUCUUACUUGAACCAGCCUUCGUUUCAAGAUCUGCUGAGCCAAGCUGAAGAAGAAUUUGGAUAUGAUCAUCCAAUGGGUGGCAUCACAAUUCCCUGUAAUGAAGACAUUUUCGUUAAUCUUACUCGUAGUCUAAAUGACUCAUGAGCCAUAAGGAUAGUGUUUAGAAAUAGAUGGUAUAAAGAAAGGAAUGUACAGGACACAAACAGUGAAGAGCGUAGACACUCCUGAAUUUUGAAAUCGGAGAAUUCAAAUUUUUUGAAACUAUUGUACAUUUAUGCUUCUUUUGUUACA